UCUGUCCAUUGGAUCUACGGUCCAGCACUGUCUUCACUCCUUUCUCGUCCCUAUUUCCACCUUUCGCAACAACAUCAUGCAGUUAUAGCAGUAAGAACUAUCCGCUCCCACCGCGCCAGAACCAGGCCGACGCCCGUCUGUCCUCUCCGGGUCUCUUCCGGGCUACAUCGCCCGGCUUUUUAAUUGUUGAGCUCUCACCGGUAACAUCCUGCAGAGAUGUCCCACAAUGGUGGCUCUGUUGUCGGCCUCCUGUCCUACGAGACGCUGGUCCACGCGGUGGCAGGUGCUAUGGGGAGUGUGACAGCCAUGACAGUCUUCUUCCCUUUGGAUACAGCUAAAAGCAGAUUACAAGUGGAUGACAAAAGAAAAGCCCAGUCCACGCCUGUCAUUUUGGCUGAAAUUGCGAAAGAAGAGGGCUUUUUGGCUCUGUACAGAGGCUGGUUUCCAGUUAUCUCCAGCCUUUGCUGCUCCAACUUUGUCUACUUCUACACUUUCAAUGCUCUGAAGAAGGUGGCUGCAUCUGGACCGGGCAAGCCCAGACCCGGUAAAGACCUGCUGAUGGGGAUGGUAGCAGGUGUGGUGAACGUGAUCCUGACUACUCCCAUGUGGGUCGUCAACACCAGGCUGAAGCUGCAGGGAGUGAGGUUCAGAAACGAAGACCUCCACCAAACCCAUUACAGAGGCAUAUUCGGUGUGUAUUCCAAUUCCACACCCCCUCAGACGUGCUUUUUAUGUGACACCGAGCCGUCCAACAUUUCGGCUUUCCUUCUCGUAGAUGCUUUCUCGCAGAUCAUCGCCAACGAGGGAGUGGGAACGCUGUGGAACGGCACCCUGCCCUCUCUGAUUCUCGUCCUCAACCCGGCUGUGCAGUUCAUGAUUUAUGAAGCCAUGAAGAGGAAGGCGGGCAAGGGCGGCCAAAAGAUAUCCUCAGCAAAGAUCUUUCUCAUCGGAGCAAUCGCCAAGGCAAUCGCUACCACAGCAACGUACCCACUCCAAACCAUCCAGGCCAUCCUGAGGUUCGGUCAGUAUAGAGGCGACGGCCAAGGGGGCCUGAUGGGGAGCGUCUCCAAUAUUUUCUUCCUGUUCAUGGACCGGAUCAAGAAGCACGGCUUUCUUGGGUUGUACAAAGGCUUGGAGGCCAAGCUGCUGCAGACGGUGCUGACGGCCGCCCUGAUGUUUGUGGUUUAUGAGAAGAUCACAGCCGCUACCUUCAGACUCAUGGGCCUGAGUGAAAAGCUGAAGCACUGAGAGGUUCUGCUUGAAUGGACAGAUUUAAUCGGUGCCCGCUACUGAUUUCUAUUAACACUCGGAUGUGUGUUUAUUGUCUUACCUAACUGGAGUUGGACUUGACUGACUUCUGGGCAUUCAUAACAUAUUUAUCCAAACCACUGAUGGCGUUCUAACGCACAAUGGCGUCUGGGCUUUAACUUUAUGACAACUUCCAUCUAUGCAGAUUUUUUUUAUUUAUUUUGCUUCCACAGUAGAGCCUUCCUAAACAGCUGCUAUAUUACGGUUUUGUAAUAGUUAAUACAAGGGAGCAUUAACUAAAUAAAGGCAAGUAUUAGAUACAUAUUUAACGAAAAAAGAAAAUCUAAUACUGUUUACAAGCCUUC